UAUAUAAGGCAGUGUCGGGACCGCAGUCCAGAAAAAUCCAAAGAGUAAUUCUCAAGCCUGUAAGCCCACGCCCCCGGAACCUCCACUAGGCCGCGACUUGAAGUCUGAAGAAGAAAGUUGUGUGUCCUACAAUCACCAGAAACCGGACACUUGCUCAUCCCAAGAAACUCAUCUACUUUCGAUUUUGAGAUUCUGACUUCUGGGCCUCUUCAUAAUCAAACAAUAUGUCAGUUACUUUGCAUACAAAUCUUGGUGACAUCAAGUGUGAGAUCUUCUGCGACGAGGUUGCUAAAACGGCAGAGAACUUUUUGGCGCUCUGUGCAAGUGGUUAUUAUGAUGGGACUAUAUUUCACAGGAAUAUUAAAGGUUUUAUGAUCCAAGGCGGAGACCCAACAGGAACAGGUAAAGGGGGAACUAGCAUAUGGGGCAAGAAGUUCAAUGAUGAGAUUAGAGAAUCCCUCAAGCAUAAUGCGAGGGGUAUAUUGUCAAUGGCUAAUAGUGGUCCUAAUACUAAUGGGAGCCAGUUUUUCAUAUCUUACGCAAAGCAGCCACAUCUCAAUGGAUUAUACACUGUGUUUGGCAAGGUGAUCCAUGGUUUUGAAGUCCUGGAUCUCAUGGAAAAGACUCAAACAGGACCAGGCGAUCGACCUCUUGCAGAAAUAAGGCUCAAUCGUGUUACAAUACAUGCUAAUCCACUCGCUGGUUAGUCUUACCUCUGCAAUUGUGUUGAGUUGAAGUGGAGUAAAGUUCCAAUGUGUCAAGAAAAUGGAUGAUUUUAGGAUUCAACUCAUGAGUUGUAAACUUUGUACGGGUUAAGAAUAUUGACUACUAACAGGGAAAAUUUUUGAGAUAGAGAAAAACGGUUUGCAAUUGGUACUCUCACCCGCACAACUGUUAACUUGAAUUUGUAACAAUUUUAUGCUUCAGCUAACAUUGCUCAAAACAAUGUCAUUUGAGGAUGUCGAGGAUCUGUGGCUGUGGACUUAUGGUAAUUUACGCACACGAAUUUUUCUCAGUUAAUUUUAACCCCUAGACUAUGUUAAAGGUAAUUUACACAUUGGUGGAUCUCCAUGUGAUUGUCAUAUUCGAUUAAUUAAUAGCGAAGAGGUAAUGACACUGAUGAUAGGAUGAUGGUUGAGUCUAUAUUGGUGGGUCCUGAUUCGCUGAUAUGGCGAAAAAAUCACUUUCCCCUGAUGGCCUGAAUAAUCGAACGACCAGGAGACUCCCAACAGAAGAAAAGGCAAGCCUUGCGAGACAGGCUACUCUCUAACGGGACGUUGAGCGAAGGCGAUAGGGCUUCAAAAUGCCCGCCAUUUUUUUUUCUAUCAACUUCGCUCAGUCAUUAACAGUCACACUCCACCAUAAUCAAUGGCCCCAAACGAAGAAGAAAAACCCGAGACCCUGGUAUCUUUAGAGCCCGGUCCAAGACCAAAAGUCAAUGUGUCCCAAUCGAGGUCGUCACUGCCCAAGCAAACCGCCACCUCUCCGCCUUCUCAUGUGCCGUUGAGUCCCUAAGAGUUCAUAGUCUCAGUCACCGGCUACAUCUCCUCUCAGCCUCUCCCGACUUACUAUCCCAACGUUUGGGGCG